AUGAAUAACCACUCCCCUUGGGUUCACACGAUACUCGAAAAAGAAACAGAAACUGCUCAAUAUGUCGUGACAGACUUUGCAACCAAGGAAGCUUAUAUCAUUGAUCCUGUUCUUGAUUAUGAUCCAUUUGCUUCCAAAGUACACACAGCAACUGCAGAUAAUCUUUUGAGGUUCAUUGAGAGUUAUGAGCUAAAUGUAACCAAGAUUAUUGAGACUCACGUUCAUGCUGAUCAUUUAUCUUCUGCAUUUUAUUUGAAACAAAAGCUACCUUCCAAACCUGAGGUUUGUAUUGGUGCCAAUGUGACCAAAGUACAGAAGGCCUUUGGUGAACGAUAUAACUUAGGUUUGGACGAAUUAAGUCCAACAGGCGAGCAAUUCGACGUGCUUACCUCAGACAGCAUGCAGUGGACUCUGGGUAAGGAUAUUCACUGUAGUGUUAUUUCUACGCCCGGACAUACACCUGCCUGUAUGUCCUAUCGCUUGGGUGAUGCUGCUUUUGUAGGAGACACUCUGUUUAUGCCUGAUAUCGGUACUGCUCGCUGUGACUUCCCCGGUGGAAGUGUCAAGGAUAUGUAUGAAAGUAUACAUAAAAUGUAUAGCCAGUGGCCAGAUGAUACAAGGAUCUACGUUGGCCACGAUUACCCUGGUUCACAUCGUUCGUAUGAAUUUAUGACAUUAUUGCAACAACAUAAAAAAUCAAACAAGAUGAUUAACGAAAAUGUGAGCUUAGAAGAGUAUUCAAAGAUGCGUCAAGAAAGAGAUAAAGCAUUAAAAGCUCCUCGCUAUAUUCACCCUUCCAUUCAAGUAAGUCCCUGCAAAAGCGUAGCAUGGCAUUUAAUAAUACUUUUCUUGUUUAUUUAG